AUGCGCAUCUUCAUAACAGGUUCCUCCGAUGGUCUCGGUUCUUUAGCCGCCAAAUCAUUGAUCAAACGUGGCCACAAUGUGACCCUCCACGCCCGCAACGCUCAGCGCGCCGAAGACGCCAGCAAAGCCUGUCCCGGUGCCGACGGUGUCCUCAUCGCCGACCUUUCUUCGACUCAAGCAACAAAGUCUCUCGCUGAUGAUCUCAACGCAAAAGGCCCGUGGGACGCCAUUAUUCACAAUGCUGGCAUGAUGCGCAUUCCAUCGUCAUCAACAGGUCCCGAGGGUCUACCAACUCUGUUCGCAACAAAUACUCUUGCACCCUACAUACUCACAUGUCUCGUGCAGCCACCACCUAAAAACCUUGUCUUCCUGUCUUCGGCGUUGCAUAAUAGUGGCGAUGCAACGCUGAGAGACAUCAAGGCUGCGAGCUAUAGUGAUAGUAAGUUGCACAACACGAUGCUGGCGUUCUGGUUCGCGAAGCAGCCAGCGUUCCAGAAGACGAUUGUUAGCUCGCUGGAUCCUGGUUGGGUGAAGACGAAGAUGGGUGGUGCGGGAGCUGGUGACGAUAUUGGAGCGGCAGUCGAGAACUACGUGGCACUUGCUGAAGGCACGUUGGGAGGAUCCGGCAAGCAUUGGUACCACUCGAAGGAGAGGUCAUUUCAUCGUGGGGCGGCGGAUGAGCGGGCGCAGCAGAAGUUGGUGGAUGAGUUGCAGGGGAUUUCUGGUGUGAACCCACCCAAGUGA